AUGAGACACCAGAAGCUAAAUCAAAUGAUUUAUGAGUCGCAACAUUCGAUAACCUAUUUAACUUCUUCCACAAAUCAAAUAACACAAGAAGAGGAAGAAGAAAGAAAUAAAGGCAUUUUGUGUGCAGAAAUAAACUCCGAGGGAAACGACAUAUCAAAAAUCUCCCAUUCAAGACCUCAAUCCACAACAGCAGAAAGAAAACAGAAAAAUCCCAAUCAACAUCAGUCGUGUAUAUUGCAACAACGAAAAAAAAUCUCUUUUUGCUUGUACCCACCUCAAAAUCAUCGCCAGAGAUAUAAAAUUACAAUAAUUUCAUGGACGACUUCACCUUCACAAUGGGCGAGAGAAGUCAAAUGA